AUGACCUCGCCGAGCAAAUACGCGCUGAAUUCAAUAGUCAAAUCUAUUCCCCAGAUUUUCGAUCCAAGUUUGAGCGGGGGGGGUAUGCCGGGUCAUCUCGAUCUCCCGCGCCUGAAGAAGGGAAAGCAAGGAGGUUUCUUUUGGAGUGCCUGGGUCGACUGUCCAGCUGACAAAUUUGAUUUUUCGAACGAAAAUUAUGCUCCUGUUGUCGUCAAAUCCUUUGCGCAAAUCGACGUUAUUCAUCGUCUACACGCAGCCCAUCCAGACAUAUUCUCUCCAACAACAUUGGACAGUACGUCUGCUCUGAAAGCCUUCCGGCGCCAGGGAAAACUCAUAUCGCCAAUUGGAGUCGAAGGACUCCAUAUGGCCGGUCGUAACGUGUCAAAUUUACGCCUUUUCUAUUCACUCGGUGCCAGAUAUACGACUUUGACAUGGAAUUGCCACAAUGCCUUCGCCGAUGCCGCCCAAGUCACAGUGCUGGAAGACUCACUCAAUGCAGACGCAGCCAAACCAGCUAAGCCACAUUGGGGAGGACUGAGUCUCCUAGGAACACAAUUGAUGCGCGAAAUGAACCGCAUCGGUAUGAUGAUUGACCUCUCCCACACGCAUCCGGCAACCAUGCACGACGUCCUCGCUGGCAACGAAACAAAAUCGUACCCAGGCAGCCUUGCGCCAGUAAUUUUCUCCCACUCUUCCGUCUACGCCCUCUGUCCACACCCACGCAAUGUUCCCGAUCAUAUCUUGCCUCUCGUCAAACAAACCAACUCCGUCAUCAUGGUCACUUUCGUGCCUAAUUUCAUCUCAUGCAUCAACUCCGCCGAUCCCGAAAACAAUUUACCAACGUUUUACCCUCCCAAUUCGACCCUGGAUUUCGUCGCAGAUCACAUUAUGUACAUUGGUGAGAAGAUCGGAUACGGACACGUCGGAAUUGGGAGUGAUUUCGACGGCAUCCAGAGUACACCGAGGGGAUUGGAGGAUGUGAGUAAGUUUCCAGACCUAGUAAAGGAGUUGUUGAGAAGAGGACUCCGCGAUGAGCAAGUCGAAGGGAUUGUGGGAGGGCACGUACUGAGAGUUUGGAAAAGGGUUGAAGAAGUCAGUCGCAAGAUGCAAUCGCAAGGGGAAGUACCAAUGGAAGAUGAGAUUUGA